UCAUGUGAAAAGAAAGUAUAUCUUGAUUGUAUUAUUAUCAUAAUAUAUCCCUUAUCAUUAAUAACAAUGAUCACAUAUAUGUACCUACAACAAAAUAAAUUGGAGAUCGCGUACGUACUACAGUACAAUUUCGAACUCUGUCUGCUACACGCUGCACUUUGAUGUCCCCGGACUUUGACAUGAAGUACGUACUGGGUGAAUGGAGAGAAAAACACAAAAUAAAUUUCCAGGCCAUCGUGAUAAUAUGCGGAGUCAUCUUUAUAUGCCUGUGAAAAUGCCAGAUCACAGGUCACAGGGUGUUAUCAAUGCCAGUCUGUUACUUUGAACAGCGCACUGGAGUGUUUGUUAUAUCAAUUUUUAUUGGCAAUAUCGAACAUUGGUGUUGUGCGUUGGCCUAACAGAUUCGUCGCUACGAUUUAAUGGGAUAUAUUUACGUACACUAUUCAUAGUAUACUCAUCAUUUUAAUGUCAUUUUCAUUCGUAAAAAACUAAAUAUGUUUUUCUUAUCAUCAACGUCAGUAUUACUCGGAGUUUUAGGGUUUCUCUUCUGUUUAUGGUUCGUUCGGCGUCCAAGAAACCUUCCACCCGGGCCAUGGUCGCUGCCAAUCAUCGGAUACCGAUUCGACUGGGGUCUAAUUCAUGAGGCUUUCGUGGACUUGGCGAGGAAGUAUGGGCCCGUUUUUAGCGUUCGGAGAGGCCCGUUUCUCUUUGUUGUCUUGAACGACAGGGCGAGUAUGAAACAAGCUCUGGUGAAGUCAGGAGAAUUCUUUUCAGACCGAUUCGUACCAGGGCAUAUCAGAUGGGGAAUUCCAGAUGCUGAAAAGAAUGCUGCCAUUGUUUGGAGUAAUGGCAAGCCAUGGGAUGACCAGCGGAAAUUCUCUCUUCCUGCUCUUCGCUCCUUCGGCUUUGGUAAGAAGAGCCUCGUCCCUCAGAUCAACCUUGAAGCUCGUUAUCUGGCUGAGGAAAUCAAGGCUCUACAUGGUGAACCCAUGGAUCCAUCGGCUUUGUUGAACAAAGCAACUGCUAACAUCAUAGUUCAGCUAGUCUUCGGUCGCCGAUAUGAGUACGACGAUCCCGAAUUUAUUGGAGCUCUGCAGGCAAUGGUGGAUAUCUUUGCCCUCGUCUCAGAUACUGAUCCAGUUAAUGUCUUUGAAUCACUUGUUCAUACUCCGUGGUACAAACCCUACCGCGAUUGCACGUUCAAGCUAAGGGACUUCAUCAUGUCUCAUCUCUACAACCAUCAAGAAACUUUCCAGAAAGAUAAUAUCCGGGACUUCGUUGACGCGUUCCUAGCACACGACAUCUCGAACGAUUACCCCAUGGACACGUUCUGGAGGAUUGUGUUGGAUUUCUUUGCCGCAGGUACUGAAACCACAGCGGUGGUAACUUCAUGGGCGAUACUCUACCUAGCUGUUCACCCGGAUGUUCAGAAGAAGGUACAAAAUGAGUUGGAUGCAGUUGUUGGGCGUGGCCGACAACCAAACACCAGUGACCGCCCAAACCUUCCCUACUGCGACGCCACCCUGAUGGAGGUUAUGCGCAUCCGUCCCGUCCUCCCGGUCGCUCUGCCUCACAUGACGUCUGCAGAUGUCUCCAUUGGACCUUAUACCAUACCCAAGGGGACCAUCGUUAUCCCUAACCUGUGGGCUGUUCAUCAUGACCCCAAGGAGUGGUGUGAUCCUCAGCUAUUCAACCCAGACAGAUUUCUCAGUGCUGAUGGUCAAACAGUCGUGAAGAACGAGGCUUGGAUGCCAUUCAGCAUUGGCCGUCGUGAUUGCCUGGGUGUGCAACUUGCCAAGAUGGAAUCAUUUUUGCUCUUCACCAACCUCUUCCAGCAAUUCGAAUUCAAGCUUCCUCCCGACCAACCAACCCACAGCAUGCGAGGUCACCCUGGGCUCUCUAUGCCUCCAGAAAGCUACAAGAUUUGUGCCAUUGAACGCUGAGUUUGGCCGCCUUCACGAGUCUAAAACUGCCGUAUUGCACAAAAGAGUACAUUUUCUGAGAGUUGUCAAAAAGACAAAUGGAAUCAUCCCUCUCAUGUCAUUGCAGUUAAUUCGAAGAAUUUUUUGUAUAACAAUGCAAUAUAAUGAUUAAGAUUUAUAUCACCUCUAUCAGUAACAUAUUGGCUGAUAGAUUUAGGAAUACUUGUUUCAAAGUAUUUUGUAAUUAUAGGAAGAAUUUUGCGGUAUGGCGACAUCAACUUUUUUCCUAGAUGAAACUUAUGUUCUUUCCUGCUAUUAUUACUCUUCUGCUUUUGUUUUCUUGUUUUAAUGAUGAUCUGAAAUUCGACUAUUCACUUUAACUUGGUUUGAUAUUUCUUUUAUAAUUACUAGUGAUUAUCAAGAAAAGUUAUUAUCAAACUGUAUUUGCUUCUCUUAUUUUUAUUGCAUAUUGAUCAACAAUUCACUUGUAACCCAUUAUGAAAAUGUUUGAUACUUCUGAUACUUUUGCAUGUACAUUCUCCAAAAUGGUGGAUUUUAUUCCAAUAAAUUUGAUUUCAUUUGAUUUUA